UUAAACGGGUCCGGGCCAAAUUGAACCGCUGUGUGGAGCAUACAAGAGAGUCAAGCAAAGCCCUAUUGCUCUGCACAGAAUGCGUAUAUAGAUCAGAACCCACAACAUAAAGAUCUCUGUGCUCGCCGGAGACGAUGUCAGAUCUUAACAUUUACCCAUGCAGCUUUAUUUUGAUAGUAUUAUUGGGGAGAGUAUCGAGAAGUUCUAUGUUUCAUCUUCGUGUAUAACUCGAAGUGAGAAUUUCUGAUAAUCCAACUCAUCUGUAAUCGGUGUGCUUUGUAAUUGGAACACUUGCAGUUACUAAGAAGCAUCCAUUGAUAUGUCUAAUUCAAAGGUAAACCCUAGCAUUGGUGCUCAUAAGAAUGUGAGACGAAAUCUACCUUCGUGGAUGAGUUCAGCAGAGAAUGAGAAUAAAUCUGAGGGCAAGAAGCCGGCUGAUGUUGGUUUACAUGAGGAAAAUAAUGAAGGAAAAACAGCUAAACAAGCCAAAGAGUGCAGCAAACCAUGUAGUGACAGUACUCCUUCCAAGAAAAUUGAAAGCAACCAAAAAUCCUCUCCAUCAAGAUUGGUUGCCACAAACUUUUCCAAACUUAUGGAAGGGGUUGUAUUUGUAUUAUCAGGAUUUGUUAAUCCAGAGCGCAGUGUAUUAAGAUCUCAGGCCCUGGAAAUGGGAGCAGAAUAUCAACCCGACUGGAACUCCAAUUGCACCCUCCUGAUUUGUGCAUUUCCAAACACCCCAAAGUUUCGGCAUGUUUCGGCUGACUGUGGAACUAUAGUUUCUAAGGAGUGGAUAUCAGAGUGUUUCAGUCAGAAAAAGCUUGUUGAUAUUGAAAGCUACCUAAUGCAUGUUGGGAAACCAUGGCGAAGGCAAAAUAUUUCCAAUGAAGCAAACCAAGACCAGGAAUCUUCCGUGUCUAGGAGAUCUCAGAUGCAAAUAAAUAAAGGAUCAAAUGCAAAGUCAACUAUUUCUGUUUCUACUAAGAGUAGAGCUUCAAAUCCGGUUAAAGAGAGUUUCUCUCCUUCUAAAGUGAAGAAGUGGGCUAUUGACGACUUGAAUAAAACCAUCUCAUGGCUGGAGAGCCAAGAGGAAAAGCCAGAGCCCAGCGAAGUAAGAAAUAUAGCUGCUGAAGGAAUCCUCACUUGUUUACAAGAUGCCAUAGAUUCACUAAAGCAGAAGCAGGGUAUCAAGCAAAUAACUGAGCAAUGGAAUUUCAUUCCUCGGGUGGUUGAGGAGCUAGCAAAGCUUGAAACCACUGCAGACAGUUCAGCCUUUCUUUCAAAGGAGGAGCUUUGCAGAGAAGCUAUGGCCUGUAAGCAAAUUUAUGAGAAUGAAAUUAGCAGCUUAGAUGAUGAUUUGUUGAUGAAGAAGAAAAGGCUAAAAACCGAUGAGACUACGAAGGGUGAUUCAAAAGCUUAUGACAGUGAUGAAACAAUUGAGAUGACAGAAGAGGAAAUAGACCUUGCUUACAAUACUGUAGCUUCUGAGCUUAGUAAGCGCCGAGUGAAUUUGUCUAAGAGAUGAGAGGGAUGAUGCUGGUUUCCCAUCAUUUAGAGAGUUCACCCUCUGCCAGUUAGCAGUGGUAUGUCACUGCUUCAACAUCUUCCUUUUGUUUUCUACUGUCUUUGAAUUGCUCGAGUUGUCCAUUUGUACAGCCACUGCAUCUUGUGGAUGCCUUUUUGGAUUUUGAGUUGGUGGAGAUACUUGUGGAGUGAAAAAAGAAAAAAUUGAGCUUAUACUCUAUCCACCUGUCAUUUUCCAUUACUAAAGCAUUGCAACAAAUCAAAGAUGUACUAAAAAGGUUGCAAUUGGUGUAUGAUUUAGAAAUUGGCUAUUAGAGCCAACAUAUGAUAAAUAUUUUUUAUAUUUUGACAUU